CCACCCCGGGGCCCCCCACGCCCCUGCCCCCCACGCGAGUCCCGGCCAUGGCGGCCGUGCGCGGGGCGCCCCUGCUCGGCUGCCUCCUGGCGCUGCUGGCGCUGUGCCCCGGGGGGCACCCGCAGACGGUGCUGACCGACGACGAGAUCGAGGAGUUCCUCGAGGGUUUCCUGUCGGAGCUGGAGCCGGAGACCCGGGAGGACGACCUGGAGGUGCCGCCGCCCCCCGAGCCCACCCUGCGCGUCCGCAAAGCCCAGACGGGAGACAAGCCGGGGGCGCGCCCGGGGGUAGCCAAAGAGGCACCUCUGGACAAGGCCAAAGACAAAGGGAAGAAAGGGAAGAAGGACAAAGGCCCCAAGGCCACCAAGCAGCCCCUGGAGGGGUCCCUCAGGCCACCCAAGAAACCCAAGGAGAAGCCACCCAAGGCCACCAAGAAACCCAAGGAGAAGCCACCCAAGGCCACCAAGAAGCCCAAGGAGAAGCCACCCAAGGCCACCAAGAAGCCCAAGGAGAAGCCACCCAAGGCCACCAAGAGGCCCUCGACUGGGAAGAGGCCCCCCACUCCCACCCCCUCAGAAACCCUGUGGUGGCCACGGCCCCUACCCCCAAGCCCCGGCCCCGAGGAGCUGCCCCAGGAGGGAGGUGGGGCCCUCCCAGGUCCUUGGCUGGAUCCAGGAGAAAAAACUGACUUGGAGCGCCAGUCUGAGCCGGAAGAGGAGACCGAGCCGCCCACCCUGGACUACAACGACCAGAUAGAGAGGGAGGACUACGAGGACUUUGAGUACAUCAGGCGCCAGAAGCGGCCCCGGCCACCCCCCACCAGGAGGAGGCCCGAGCGGCCCUGGCCGGAACGCCCGGAAGAGAAAGCCAAGCCACCCGGGCCCGGACUGGAGGCCCCGGAGGAGAGGAUCGAGCCGCCUCCAAAGCCGCUGCCGCCGCCCCUGCCCCCUGACUACGGGGACGGCUAUGUGAUCCCUCACUAUGACGACAUGGACUACUACUUCGGGCCUCCCAGACCCGGGAAGCCCCACACUGAGCUGGAGACAGACGAGGAGAAGGAGGAGCUGAAGAAACCCAAAAAGGAGGGCAGCCCCAAGGAGGACGAGAAGGAUGACAAGUGGAGUGUGGAGAAGGGCAAGGACCACAAAGGGCCCCGGAAGGGUGAGGAGCUGGAGGAGGAGUGGGCUCCGACCGAGAAAGUCAAGUGUCCCCCCAUUGGGAUGGAGUCCCACCGCAUCGAGGACAACCAGAUCCGGGCCUCGUCCAUGCUGCGCCACGGCCUGGGCGCCCAGCGAGGCCGGCUCAACAUACAGGCUGGGGCCACCGAGGACGACUACUACGAUGGGGCAUGGUGCGCUGAGGAUGACGCUCAGAGACAGUGGAUUGAGGUCGACACCAGAAGGAUCACCAAGUUCACGGGCGUCAUCACCCAGGGCCGUGACUCCAGCAUCCAUGACGACUUCGUGACCUCCUUCUUCGUGGGCUUCAGCAACGACAGCCAAACGUGGACCAUGUGCACCAAUGGCUACGAGGAAAUGACCUUCCAUGGGAACGUGGACAAGGACACGCCCGUGCUGAGCGAGCUCCCGGAGCCAGUGGUGGCCCGCUUCAUCCGCAUCUACCCUCUCACCUGGAACGGCAGCCUGUGCAUGCGCCUGGAGGUGCUGGGGUGUCCCAUGACUCCUGUCCACAGCUACUACGCACAGAACGAGGUGGUGGCCACCGACAACCUGGACUUCCGGCACCACAGCUACAAGGACAUGCGCCAGCUGAUGAAGGUGGUGAACGAGGAGUGCCCCACCAUCACCCGCACGUACAGCUUGGGAAAGAGCUCACGCGGGCUCAAGAUCUAUGCCAUGGAGAUCUCAGACAACCCUGGGGAUCACGAGCUGGGGGAACCUGAGUUCCGAUACACGGCUGGGAUCCAUGGCAAUGAGGUGCUGGGCAGAGAGCUACUGCUGCUUCUCAUGCAGUACCUGUGCCGCGAGUACCGGGACGGGAACCCCCGUGUGCGCAGCUUGGUGCAGGACACGCGCAUCCACCUGGUGCCCUCGCUGAACCCCGACGGCUACGAGGUGGCAGCGCAGAUGGGCUCUGAGUUUGGGAACUGGGCAAUGGGGCUGUGGACUGAGGAAGGUUUUGACAUCUACGAGGACUUCCCAGAUCUCAACUCUGUGCUCUGGGGAGCAGAGGAGAGGAAAUGGGUCCCCUACCGGGUCCCCAACAACAACCUGCCCAUUCCCGAACGCUACCUCUCCCCAGAUGCCACGGUGUCCACAGAGGUCCGAGCCAUCAUUGCCUGGAUGGAGAAGAACCCCUUUGUGCUGGGGGCCAACCUGAACGGUGGUGAGCGUCUCGUGUCCUACCCCUACGACAUGGCCCGGACCCCCACCCAGGAGCAGCUGCUGGCCGCGGCCAUGGCAGCUGCCCGGGGAGAAGAUGAGGACGAGGUGUCUGAGGCCCAGGAGACCCCGGACCACGCCAUCUUCCGCUGGCUGGCCAUCUCCUUCGCAUCUGCCCACCUCACAAUGACAGAGCCGUACCGGGGAGGGUGCCAAGCACAGGAUUACACCAGCGGCAUGGGCAUCGUCAACGGGGCCAAGUGGAAUCCCCGGUCUGGGACCAUCAACGACUUCAGUUACCUGCAUACCAACUGCCUGGAGCUCUCCAUCUACCUGGGCUGCGACAAGUUCCCCCACGAGAGUGAGCUGCCCCGAGAGUGGGAGAACAACAAGGAGGCUCUGCUCACCUUCAUGGAGCAGGUUCACCGGGGCAUCAAGGGGGUUGUGACGGAUGAGCAGGGCAUCCCUAUCGCUAACGCCACCAUCUCUGUGAGCGGCAUUAACCACGGCGUGAAGACAGCGAGCGGCGGCGACUACUGGCGCAUCCUGAAUCCCGGUGAGUACCGCGUCACGGCCCACGCUGAGGGCUACACCCCCAGUGCCAAGACCUGCAACGUGGACUACGACAUCGGGGCCACCCAGUGCAACUUCAUCCUGGCGCGCUCCAACUGGAAGCGCAUCCGCGAGAUCAUGGCCAUGAACGGGAACCGGCCCAUCCCGCGCAUCGACCCCUCACGCCCCAUGACCCCCCAGCAGCGGCGGAUGCAGCGGCGCCGCCUGCAGUACCGGCUGCGCAUGCGCGAGCAGUUGCGGCUCCGGCGCCUCAACUCCACUGUGACCCCUGCCCCCGGUACCCCCGGGACGGCCGCGCCCCCCACCUCCGCCACACUGCCCCCCAGGCCCUCGCUCACCCCCUCCCCCACCCCCAGCGCCAGCCUGGGGCCCUGGCCCUUUGAGCCCGAGGCCACCACGGUGGGCUGGGAGGAGUCGGAGACGGAGACCUACACAGAGGUGGUGACGGAGUUUGGGACUGAGCUGGGGCCGGAGGAGGAGGAUGACCAGGAGGAGGACCAGGAGGAGGACCACGAGGAAGACCACGGGGAGGAGGAGGUGGUGGUGGUCAUGGGCCCAGAUUUCCCUUUCACUACAGCCGAGACCUACACAGUGAACUUUGGGGACUUCUGAGCACGGGGAAGCCCCCUCGGGGUCACCGGGCCGGGAGGGGACGCGCACGGGGCAACACUGAGGAGCCAGGCUGCUUUGGACGGUCAGGGCGCUGCAGGGCCCCGGGCGCACGGACUCCUCAGCCAUCUGCCCCGACAGCCGCACCAAUAAAGCAAGCUCACGGCAGACA